GACAAUUCAGUGCAUGAAAUGAUAAACUCGGUGCGUUGCUUGUUAUGUUGCUUGAUUGAACGUGGGCCUUCAGACAGAGUUGUAGCAAUGAUGUGUUAUGCAGUCGUGAUAGUUCCAGAAAUUGUUGAUCAACUGUUGCUUGAAAAAAAUGAGCAUUAUGAGCCAAUACGUUCCGUGAUGUCAGUGCAUUUGGCUUCAGGAGAAGAAAUGUUCACGACAUUCAACAAAGUAAUCAUGUCCCGUUUGCUCAAUAAAACUGCUUACAGUACUACAUGUUUGCAGAAAAUUAAUUCAGAGAGUUUCAUCAACUGUUUUCAUCAAGCUGUUAGCAUAGCUACUGAAGAUAUUUCUGUCUUGAAUGUGGAAUCAUUUCAGUUGAAUUCGAAAUUUUCAUCCGCAGUGGUAACUUGUUAUGCAUUAUUAAAUUCAGCCGCCAGUCGUUUGGUCUCUAAUAAAGAGUCAUUGGUAUUGCCGAAAUUAGAAGAAUGCAUUCAGUUGAUAUCACGUUAUUUUGAAAGUGAUGAAAAGGCACGUUUUUAUGUUAAAUUUUUAGGAUUUUGA